AUUCUAGGUCAGCGCCUGUGUCCGAUUCAGUCAUGCAGGCUACAACCAACAUAGAGGCCAUCAUUGGAGGGUCUGUCGGAGGCUGUUUGCUGGCGCUGUGCCUCCUGAUUGCUGGCUGCAUAUGGUGGCGUCGCUGUGGAAGGAAGCACCCAGACGAUAGGGGGAGGGCAGUUCCUUGUGACUAUACAGGUAUAGAGAUGCAACACCGACAGGAACCCGGCCCCGCCCCGCGAGUCUCUUCUCGACCAGCCACCCCUCCCAGCACACCUGACCCAGCUUCAUGGACCUUCCCAAAGAAGAUAUCUGAUGAUGGGCUCUGCACCCCACUGAUGGACACACAAGAUCCGGGACCACCGAAUAAUGCCCAUGAUGUCCACGAAAAGGAAGCCAACCACCCCCUGCAGCCCAUCCCACUCCAGCCCGAGGACCAGGCCGGGCCGGCAGGUGGGAGAGGGGAACCGGUUGGGUCCAGCCGUGACGAUGUGUCCUUCCGUUCCCCCGUGCAGAAUGUGUAGUUUGUGUUAGACAAGUCCUUUGGCCUGGUUGUAUCUUACCAUGCUUGCCCGAUCAGGCCAGGUAGAUUUUCCAUAUCUUCAUUCCGUAAGGCAACUAUGAAGCCUACUUAAGUUUCUCUUUAUUUGUAGGGAUAGCCGUCUUGUUCACGUAAUUUGUAGAGAUGGCAAAACUUUGUGUAAUAGGUAGCUUCAUAACUGCUCUCCAUUAGUUGGAAAAUUAAUGUCCUAGCUAAGAAUCUGCUGUGAAUCUGACUGUGUACCUCUUGGGGUUAUAUAACUGACAACUUAUAGAUUCCAGUUGUUGUUUUUCUGUGCAUAUUUUAUUCUGUAGUCCUCAGGUGCAAUAGGGAUUCUUAUGCAACUGAUUUUUGCAUAUGCUGCUUCUGCUAGUAUUUUUUACAUAAAGCAUUUUAGAGCUUGGUCUGUAUCUUCCUUGCAGUACAACUAGGUGUUUGAGAGAUGUUUUAUACUUCUGUCUUCCUUGUCUAUCAUUAGGCAAAUGUAGUAAUCAUAUAGAAAGAGAUAACAUUUAUGUUUUCUCCUUCUAUGAUAAAUUCUGCAAAAGGGAAGUCCAGAGCAGAUAACAUUUAUUGUGUACAAACAGGUAAAUACUUUUGUACUUCAAUGUUAGACCCUAGAACCAGUACUGUAAAUGAUAUGCUGAUAUUUCAUGUGCUCUUCUGUUACCCCUAAAAGUUGCUGUACUUUUUGCUGUGUCCAGAACGCUUAAUUAAUGCUUUACUUACCGGUGUUAUGGCUGUUAAUGUUAUGUUACUAGCAUAGCCAUAGAAGUUAAGAUGUAACGUUAUAUGUCUUUGCUGUACAAGUCAGUACUAGUAUUAUCUUGUUUAAGAUCUCAUACCUGUAUUACUCACUCACACGCCGCUUGCUGUAAGUGGCGGCUGCAUAUCUUCUCCAGAAAGACCUGUCCUGGGCAGCUUGCCAGGCGGUGGCAGAGUCAAUAUAAUGUCCAUUGGGCUCAAAAAGUCAAAAUGUUUAUCUAUAUACAUGUAUAUCAGCCGUGCUGAGUUUUGAUUAGCUGGAAUCGAACAAGGAAAACGAACGCAGGCCAGUAGGUGACGAAAACAGAAUAUUUACCUUCGGAAACGGUAGUUUAGUUUUAUGUUAACCUACAAAUUAAUGCAUAAAGGGACAGAUCUGUACAGUAACUGUUGUACUGUGUGCAGACAUACAUUGUUGGAAGCUAAGUGGAUGAGACUUAGGCCAGUCCAAUUCAUUUCUUGGUUCCCAGAUAUUUUGAGUAAGAUCUUGGCAAAAAGGCAUCUUAGAAUUGAAAUGUAGGAUGGGGAGAAAAUUUAUUGUAUCCAGUCUCAGAACCUGAACGCACCAAAGUACAAACUUUCUCCUCAGACUCUGUUUUCAUGUUCAUCUUCCAGUUUACCAUUAUUCUUUUCAAUAUACGAGAACCAACAAAUUUAAUUGGUGUGGCCUCAGGUAUGCUUUUUGUAUGCUUGCAUCAGUUGGGGGGUUUCUAUAGGAUACAUCAGAUAUAGUAAAAUCAACAUGU